AUGGAUCAUCUUGCAAUGAGGAUGCAAAGUGCAAGCUGGCAUGACUACGGGGCUCAAGAAGCUUUGGAGCUUCAGACAACGAUGGUACAGGCCUCUCAAGGUUCAGAGCGCAUCGAGGCUAGCUUGGCUUUUAUGAUCACCACUCGAGCUUCUAGACUUUUCAAGCAGUCCCUCUUGGUAAGCCACGCUCUGGCUGUCGCUCUCUUCAUUCCCUGGACAUUUACGUUCCGCAACACUAGGUGGAAUCGCACUCGAGAUCGCCACAUAAAAGCUCGGAUCGAUUUACUUGUUUCCAGAAAAGUCCUCGCAAGUCCCCUGCCGUACCCAUCCGUACAAAAUACGUUGGCAUUGUACGACUGUGUACGGCAGAUGGAAAUGUACGAAAUCCCUACGUACAAAGAUUUAAACGUGCGGGGACUCGAGCAAUCCUUAGGGAUGUGGCCAGGGGCGGCUGGAUGGAAUCCGGCGGUGGGUGCCCGCCUCACAGAUUUCUUCCGCAGCAAUCUGGGAAGGCGCGUCAUGUCUCUUGUCCGCCUCCUCUUCGAUCGCCAUGGCUUGCAGGUUGAGGAGGAUGGGAUCGUGGAUCAUCCCACAGAGUCGUGGUUCUUGGACGACGCGGGGUGGAUCCAUGGCGGCACGGUCUCGGACCUCAAGUGUAGCAUCUGGAGCGCGGUCAUCUUCCACAUAUUGCACGCUCCGGUGCCCGAUGCCGUCUUGCGUCUCUUCAUCGCCAACGCUUAUUUCUUCCAGCGCCAGCAGCAGGAUCCUUCCAGCGAUGGGCGCCAGGAUUUGCCACUUUGCUCCGAGUUCCUGUGCUGCAACUACCUCUUGUCCAAGCUGGACGAGUUGAUGGCCGCGGAUGCUACGACGACUGAGUGGGAGGAUCAAGAGGAGACACUGGUGCGUCUAACACGAUCUGCGAGCGUGAUGGCUCGUUUUUUUCAUGGCAAAACACCCCAAGGCGACUUGCUGGAUCUUUUCGACGUGACCAAGAUCUUGCUGGAACUCGUCUACUGCUGGCUGCUACUUCAGCUCGGGCGCAACAAGAAAUCCCUCGUUUGGCUCACGCGACUAGAGAGCCAAGCUCUAGCCGGCACCGCCACCGCUGGUGGCCACGGACAACAAGUGGAGAAGCUUUUCUUGUUUCUCCUGGACAACUUCGAUUACGAGGAUCAGCCAGAUCGUGCUAGCUUAGCGAGGCUGAGACAAAUCCACGACAGCUUGAGCAGCAGCCUGGUCAGGAUCGAAUGGAAGUUGACAAACGUAUUGCCUGGUGCGCUGCAGAUGCUCGAGGAGCUCAUAGCUGCACAUGAUACGAUUGGUGAUGAUCACGUAUACGGCAGUCAUUGUCACUUCGACCACUGGUUUCGAGACCACUCGCGGUCCUACCAUCAUUCCCGCCGGAGGAAGCGAGCCUUCUACCCCGUCGACGCGAGCGAGCUCCUCGGCCGUCUUGUCCACAACUGGAUGAGGACCAAGAGAGGUGCCAGGGACCACGCGCGGCUCCAGUCCCUGUGUUGCUCCACGAGCAAGGAUUUCGUGGAGCACGUCAAGCAGACGCUGGAAGGGAACGAGGACGACAAGCGCAAGCUCCAUGACGCGGCUGCCGUGGUUUUUGGCGCCGAGCUUAGCGUCUCGUUCGUGCUGCUGUGCCGUGCGGUGGCGUGGGACGAAUCCACCACGUCACAGAUCUUGGAGGCGGAAGAGCUGGGGACUAUCAAUGGUAAGCUGAUCGUCCAAGUUGACGAGCACCCAGUGGAUACGGUGGUGAAGUUGAUGGUUAACGUGGUGCUCGGGGAUUUCCUGGAUGUGGCUCACGAUCGUGAGACUUGGAUCCGAGACUGCAAGGUGCUGCUCAAGAAGCGUUGUCCGCUUCGCUUGCCCUGGAAACCUGCGGCCAGCGUCCAUUUUCUGGAAGAUGUGACCAUGGAGAGGUGGAGGGAGAUGGACGCAUGGAUCCGAUCUCCUGGCACACUGAGUGUGGCGAGUUACGAGCAAGCUCUCCAGGCGAUGAGGAACGCCAUCUUCCGGGACGGAAGAGUUGUGGAUCAAGCGAGCAAGGAGUUCGUGACGAGGAUUGGCAAGCUGCUGGAAGCAAAGGAAGAUCAGGUCUACGAGCUGAUAGACAUAUACACUGAUGAAAGGUUCCAGAAGGCUUGUGGAACUAACAGUGGGACGACGGCGGCGAGCAAGAAGAGAGGCCGGGGAUCCAUGGCCGAGUUUGCGGUGGUCGCGAAUGCUUACCCCGUGGUAAUGGGUCUCCUGUCCAAGCGGCAGCGCUGUCACAUGUUCAUGCGGUCGGGGUGUCCGUUGCAAGGGGGACAAGCCAUCACCACGCUGGAUAUGAUGAAGAUUAAGGUCGCGAUCCUUCGCGUUAAACGACGGUUGGCCACUGUUCACGUAGGCUAUGCUUGUUACCACGGUAACAAGAACAGAUGCUAAGAUGAAAGAUCAAAAUAAGAAUAUGCCGCUUUCUUUCAA